AAAUAUCCAUUUGCGUUUGAGUUAACGAAGAGAAGAGGUUGUGUUUUUGUCUUUCUGUUGUAGCGAGUUAAUAUUUAUAAACAGAUGACGGGCUCCUGGCUACUUUCCCAGCCUGUUGCUUGUAAUAGUACAUAUUUCAUUACAUCGUGUACCGGGCAAUUUACAAGCCUCUGUGCCGUCAGACCGUAUGUAACACUCAGUGAGACACGCCGGACAAGAUGCCUCGCGUUGCCAGUUCAGCUGAGCAUUAUGUUGGGCAAAGAUCCUUUGUGUUUUACGUAGGCGUAUGUUGGCGGUGAACCUUACUUUUUAAGUUUGUCAGCUUCGAGAUGGUUCUGGGGUUUAGAUAGUUACAAAAUAUGUUGGCUUUUUUUGCAUUCUUAAAAAUGUAUCAUAUUAUGUCGUAAUCUAAAGAAUUCAUGUCUUGGAAUUGUUUCAGAAUGCAAUGAUUUGUAUUUGCGUAAUAUUUAAUGCACAGCCCUGUCUUGGUGUGUUUUUAUCCGGAUUUGUUUUUAUAUGUGAUCUUGGUGUUAAUCAUGCGUGUAGAAACUUCAGACCGGAUUAGUCGGACUGCGCGCUUUUUAAUACCCUGUGAGCUCUGGCCGUCAGUCACAUGCUGCCUCCGCAGUCGUUCAUUAACGUCGUUAAGGUGACUUUAAACGCGUUACUAUCGACGAGGGGUUUUCAGUCUCGCCAAAUCGAACGGACCUGUGAAACUCCCAAGUUAAGGCUCACCUGGGGUCCCCCGCAGGACAUAGGCUUGGUUCAAAGCUUGGAGGGUCUGGGACAGGGGCGUCGACAGGCCUGUUUUAGGGGGACUGUGCAUUUAUUGGCUUAAGUCAUGAAUAGUUUGCCAUCAGCCCCCCGUAAAGACUCAGCUUCCCUGUCCGUUCACCUCUAACUACGCCCCUAGUCUGGGAUCAUCCACCACCUGCAACGAGAACGAAAUUUUAUGCCACGCCAGUUUGUCACUGCUAUAAGGAGAUACAUUAAAAAGAGUCAUUCAUCUGCUGGCAAAGACUGCUGUAAACAAAUGUCAUGUAUCUGCUGCUAUUAUAUCCGAGAUGAAACUGAAACAAGGAUUGCAUGAUGCAAGACAUGGCCUCAGAUCUCUCUGGGUCCGUGGCCACGCCGAGUGCAGGGGCUGGGCCGGCCCAGGCGAGGAUGACCGGCAUGUUGCCGGGUCGAGGGAGCAAGAGGAGGUCAGUGGGAAUGGAUGUGGAUGAGGAGGACGCAGACGGCCCCAGCAAAUUUUCAAGAGAGAACCACAGCGAGAUCGAGCGGCGUCGCCGCAACAAGAUGAGCCAGUACAUCACGGAGCUGUCGGACAUGGUGCCCACCUGCAGCGCUCUGGCCCGCAAGCCCGACAAGCUGACCAUCCUGCGCAUGGCCGUCUCGCACAUGAAGACCAUGCGUGGGGCGGGCAACACCUCCAUCAACGGGGCCUACAAGCCGUCCUUCCUCACCGAGCAGGAGCUGAAACACUUAAUCUUGGAGGCAGCGGAUGGAUUCCUGUUUGUGGUUGCGACUGAGACGGGCCGCGUGAUCUACGUGUCGGACUCUGUGACGCCGGUGCUGAACCAGCCGCAGUCCGAGUGGCUGGGAAGCUCGCUGUACGAGCAGGUCCACCCGGACGACGUGGGCAAGCUGAGGGAGCAGCUGAGCACCUCGGAGAGCUCCAUGACAGGUCGCAUUCUAGACCUGAAGACAGGCACGGUGAAGAAGGAGGGACAGCAGUCAUCCAUGAGGAUGUGUAUGGGCUCCAGACGCUCAUUUAUCUGCAGAAUGAGGUGCGGCACGGCCUCUUUGGAACACCGACUGUCCAACGUGAGGAAGAGGUACAGGAAUGGCCUUGGAUCCUCCAAGGACGGGGAACCGGAGUACUUGGUUGUGCACUGCACAGGAUAUGUGAAAACCUGGCCGCCCGCAGGUGUGACGAUGCCUGAGGAAGAUGCUGAACCGGGACAGACCAGCAAAUACUGCCUGGUGGCGAUCGGCAGACUGCAGGUAACCAGCUCGCCGGUCACUGUGGACACCAAUGGCCUCCUGGUCCCCACCGAGUUUCUCUCACGGCACAACUUGGACGGUGUCACCACUUUCGUGGACCCUCGCUGCAUCAGCGUUGUUGGAUACCAGCCGCAGGACCUACUGGGCAAAGGAAUCCUUGAAUUCUGCCACCCCGAGGACCAGGGCCACCUCAGAGAGAGUUUCCAACAGGUGGUGAAGCUAAAAGGUCAGGUCCUCUCCGUCAUGUACCGGUUCCGUCUGAAGACCAGAGACUGGAUGCUUAUCAGAACCAGCAGCUUCACGUUCCAGAACCCCUAUUCAGAUGAGAUUGAGUACAUCAUCUGCACCAACACCAACAUCAAGCAGCUCCAGCAGCAGCAGGUCGAGCUGGAGGAACAGCAGAAGACCGGCACUCCUGCCUAUGACCUCACCCAGGUCCCCGUCCCUGGAGCGGCUGCAGGGGUCCACGAGGCGGGCAAAACCCUGGAGAAGCAGGAUGGCAUGUUCUCCCAGGAACCAGAUGCUCGCUUUGUAGAUGUGUACGCUGGGAUGCCAGGCUCCGACAAAAAGAUAAUGGGGCCGUCGUCCACCUUGGGGAGCCAGCAGCUCUUCCCACAGGGCAGUGCCUUUGAAGCAGGGCAUGCUGGGAAAACCUUUGGCUCCUCUGUUAUACAUGUUCCUGGGGUGUCUGACAUCCAGGCAUCAACCCCCACUGGUCAGAAUCUGGAGCAGAUGUCACAGGAAAUUAACCCAGCCCCGGUGACUUGGACAGACAGCCGCCCCCCCUUCUCCUCACAGUCUGGGAAGGCCCAGUCCUCCCCUUUCGAAAUUGGCUCCAGUCACAGCUACACGGCAGACCCAUCUCCAUACAGCCCUCUUUCCAGUCCGGCCACAUCGUCCCCCAGUGGGAAUGGCUACAGCAGCUUGGCCAGUCGCGGUGCUCCAUUUGAUGUUGCAGAUGAAGGUGGUCAGGAUGGGGUCCAGUUCCAGGGCCGGCCCUCAGAGGUGUGGUCACAGUGGCAGGGGCAGCACCACGACCAGCAGGGCGGCGAUCAGCACAGCCACACCCAGCCAGGGCAGACAGAGGUCUUCCAGGACAUGCUGCCUUUGGCUGGGGAUCCAACGCAAGGAACAGCCAAUUACAACAUUGAAGACUUUGCUGACUUGGGAAUGUUUCCGCCUUUUUCUGAGUAGCUUCCAGUGACAUGGAAAGGAUGGCCGAGUUGUCUGGUUCCGCCUGCCUUCAAGCUCAUCGGAAUGGUACAUCAAAAAACGUCAGUAAACACCCCCAUGCCUGUAAAGGUCGGCAAACACACUCAUCCCCGUAAACAAAGGAGACUGUACCAUCAUCGCAGUGAAAUCCGUAAACAAGACUGAUGAGUAACGUGUGAUAGUAAGUGUUGAUCACCUGACAGAAGUAUGACUUACGUGCCGCAGAGACCGCGUACUGUUGUGUGUCUGCCUUGUUUACAUUCCAGAAGAGUUUCACUGCAUUCAGUUUCCAUAUUCCAGGUGUCCGUGACGGACGUUGACUAAAGGCCCAGAUCACUGCUCACACUGUUCACAAAGAGUCUGUCCCAAAACACUGCAUCAGCAGCAUCAACUUAGGUGUCUACCAUUUAUCACUAAUAACAGCUUUUGUUUAACACAGUAGGAUUCAAAGGCAAAGUUGGGUACAAUAGUUUAAAGUACUAAACACACAAGAAGCAUAAGUUGUUCUAGAUUUGGAAAAGGCAGCAGUAGCAGCUCUUUGUGAGGUGAAGGCCCUUACACAGGUUGAGCAGCAUGAAGCACAACUCAUCUUGGGAACUGCUGCAGUUUGUAUAUCGUGUUUUUCACUGUUCACAGAAAAUGGCAUUGGUUAUUUUGCAUGGUAAUGCAUGGCCAGAUGUAUGUAUUGCAGUGUUGCAGUGUUUCCCAACCUGGUCUUCAGGGACCCGCAGACAGUCCACGUUUUUGCUCUACCAGGGGCUGGGAGGAAGCAAAAACAUGGACUGUCUGUGGGUCCCUGAGGACCGGGUUGGGAAACACUAAUGUAUUGUGUAACAUUUGGUAGUGGGAUGACCGACCAUGAGUCACCAUCAGUUUGCUAGAUCAAGUGAGAGUUUUUGUAAAUAAAGCGUGAUUUAUACAUCACUGUUUUUGUACAUGAAAAAGUAUACGCAUUUUACGUACUAUCAAUAUCACUGUGCAUAAGUUAAUCGGUGUAUUAAUGUUUAGUUUAAUGUAUUUUAUGUCUGGACUUGUAUAAAAAUUGUGCAACUAUGAUUAUUUUUGUGUGACUGCACAGAUGUGCUUGUGACAAUUAAAUAUCAACUAUACAAUCGA